CAGUUAGCGCCUCUUUAUCUACUCGUAGUUUAGUAGUUGAAGCAUCAAGAUUGGAUUGGUUCUGAAAGGGGACCACUACUACUCAGUAUUUUAAAUGGUAGAUUACUUUCUCAACAAAUAGAUCAAUCAUAGCAAGGCGGAAAAAUACAUUUGAAGUAUGUUUUUUCUUUGUGAAAAAGGCAAGAGGCGUGGUUUUAUUACUACCAAAACUAGAUACUGAAAAAAAAAACGGAUUUCGUUUUUAUUUCCAAUAACAUUUUAUUUAAAAAACGCAGUGGACAAGGAAAGCUAGAACACUCAUACAUUGGAAUUCAUAAUUUUGUGUGGGAGAGAGAAAGGUAGGCUACCAGAAUUGGACAUUGAGUAUUUCACCAUGGAAGAAGAUGAUAAUCGCAAUGGAGAGCGUCAACAUUCGGGAGAAGAAUUCAACAGAGCUAUUCUUCCUCUUCUCCAAGCACCUGGGAACCAGCAACCGCACCGAAUCACCAACUUUUACAUUGAUAAUAUUUUGAGACCAGACUUUGGACGGCGGAAAGACGGGACUUUUAAUUAUGAUGAGAAUCACCUCAAUGGACGAGAGAAUAGUCCUCGCCUUCCCCCCAAAUCUGGGCAGUUAGGUGGGACGGUGGCAGGGGAAGGAACAUCGAAUUCUCGUUCAGUCGGUGAGCCCAAAAAAGAUAUUGUUGGAGAUGCGCCUCUCAAGCCCCGAGGAGAAAUUGGAGAUCAGUGCCUAAGCUCCGACUCGGAUAGUUCUCAAGCCAAUUCUGCACCUUCGUCGAAACCUAUGCUCUGGCCAGCCUGGGUGUAUUGUACAAGAUAUUCAGACCGACCAUCAUCAGGGCCAAGAUCUCGUAAACCAAAGAAGUCGACCACUACCACGACGACGACGACGACCCCAAGCAAGGAUGACAAGCGUCCAAGAACGGCCUUCACAGCAGAACAGCUCCAGAGACUAAAAACGGAGUUUCAGACUAGUCGGUACCUGACCGAACAGAGAAGACAAAGUCUGGCACAAGAACUGGGCCUCAACGAAUCUCAAAUUAAAAUCUGGUUUCAAAACAAGAGGGCCAAAAUAAAGAAGGCUACCGGGAAUAAAAACUCUUUAGCCUUGCACCUGAUGGCACAGGGACUAUACAAUCAUGCCACAUCAUCUAAGGAUGAAAAAUCAGACAGCGAUUGAAGAAAAAGAUACAAUGCAAUAAAUAACUUUAAAGGGCCAGUGUACAAAAAUACCAGCAAAUAUUUAAAACAUGAAUGAGACAGGAUUUUGCAAUAUUCUGUAGGUAUAGUUUAAAAAAAAAUCUGUUACUUUGCUAGGUAUUAUUACUGCAUUGUUGGAGCUAAAAACACAAGCAUUUCGCUGCACCUGCGAUAGCAUCUGCAAAUCUGUGUACGCGACCAAGACACUUUGAUUUGAUUUAAACCAUUUUGUUUUAUAAAACUUUUGCCAUGUUCUCCCUGGAACUUUAGAAUUGCUUCAGCAUCAAAGUUUGUUUUGUUUUUAGUAAGUUUUGUUUUUAUCACAUUUGACCGAAAUAAUGGAAACAUGCUGAAGUCCAAAGAUUUGUUCUGCUGCAUUUUGGAAACUGUGAAUUUAAAUAGCCUAAAUUGUGUUUAUCUAUGUUUUGACGAUUUUUUUAAAAAUCACACUGUUUCCUUGUAUUUUGAUGUUCAUGUUGAAAAUGUUUUUUUUGAGGUUCCUUUGUUUUGUGUAAAAAUACAGCCUGUCUGAGUUGAUAUGGAAGGAACCAUACGCAUUGAAUUAUGCGUAUUAUCUGAUAACAAUGCAUUUUUAUAUUAAAAUUAAAGUUCUGCAUUAACUAUAGCUAUCUCGUGAGCAUUAAAUAUUAAUACAUUCAGUAAAAUAAUUCAUCUUUGGUUACAUGUAUUGAUAUGAAACUGAGAUUUGAUGAAAAA